AUGCAAAUAAGACCAGAUUACUUUAGUGGAGCGAUCCUUAAUGUUCCUUGGUUUGCUAAUCAUGAAAAUAGUCAAUUAGGUUAUUUCAAGAGAAUGCUUUUGAAAACAAUGAGCACUCUGUUUAGAAACAGACAAAUUUCACUCCCAAACAAGACACCAGAAUAUGAUGAAUUUCUAACUUAUUUAAUCAACAAGGAUCCAUACUACACAGGCCCUAUCUAAUUUCACAUGGUUGAAUAUGGACUUACUCUCUAAGAUUAGAUGAAUGCUUAAUUAGACAGAAUUCCAAAUGUUCCUAUAUAUAUUGUGGUCGCAGAAAAUGAAUGGGUUGUUUCUAAUAACCGCAUACUUGAGAUUUCGAAUAUGCUUAAGCAUCCUAAGAACAAAACUGUAACUUAUAAGAACGCUGUUCAUGCAUUGUUCUACUAGGAUGGUUUCUAUCAAUAAGUGAUGGGUGAUUUACUUGAUUGGCUACUUGAAAUUUCAUAAUGA